AUGGGUUUAGUUUUCGGUCUCCUGUGGCUGUUUACCGGCUUCCUGCAGGGCGUGCACGGACAGGGCGUGUACGGUAAGGACGUCACUAACGUAAAAAAAAAAAAAAAUGUUGUUUUUUAAAUUAGAAAAUGUAACGUGCGUACUAACGGCCGCACCGCAGCACGAGCAGCCCGGAACACCACCCACACCGAGUGACCUUGUGAGGGAUUUAGCGUGUAGGCACCGUGUGUGUGUGUGUGUGUGUGUGUGUGUGUGUGUGUGUGUGUGUGUGUGUGUGUGUGUGUGUGUGCAGUCAUGUCACAUCCAUGCCCGGCCUGAAGGCACAACAGGUAGGCUGCUGCACACCAACACACACCUGUGAGCUGCUGCCCGGUGAUGCUCCUGCAGCAGAGUGUGUGUGUGUGUGUGUGUGUGUGUGUGUGUGUGUGUGUGUGUGUGUGUGUGUGUGUGUGUGUGUUCCUGACGCCAUCAUGGUUGGUGGUGUUUGCAGUGGAGCAGGGCUGCAGGUGUGUUCAGGGUCUGUGGGACAGCUGAGUGUUUUAAUGAGCAGCGGCUGACCUUUCCCUCUCUGACAUUAUGCUGAUUUAUUCCUCCUGUUACUGUAGCUCUCUCUCUCUCUCUCUCUCUCUCUCUCUCUCUCUCUCUCCUUCGCCGCUCUUUAACGCCGGGACGCCGCUGACAUGUGCGGACGCCGCUCUGGGCUGAUUUUACAUUUGAAUAUUUCUGAGCUCAUGAUUAGCAUCUCUGUGAUUCUCCGUGUGACUUCUUGAACAGACAGCAGAGUCCGGGCGCGCUCACGGUCUUUCCUCAUCUGACCUCAACUCUGGAGGCGCCGAUAACACCUCAACAACCUCCAUGCAGGUGGCGUCCAUGGAUGUGGUUAAAGGACAUCCUGGCGUAAAACUAAUUUAGGGUCAAACCCACCGUAACACCGAGUUAGACCCCGCCUCCAGAGAUGAAUGUUGUCGACCGCUUGCUUCUCUAGUUAUACCAACUUUAGUAACGACCGCAGGAUAGUAAUACAGAGAGUUACGCCCCCAACCAAAACGCCACUCUAUAGCCACAGAUAAUGCUCAGAACAGCACCUCCUCCGACUUUCUUGGAUGGGGGCUGGGCUGUGACCUUUAUGGGCGGGGAUCACGCUAAAGAGCGGUGGAUUUAACCCUUUUUGGAUUUUUAGCUAAUCAUAAAAAAACAAAACAAAAAAACAAAAAAAAAAAACAAAGUUGAUCAGAUUCCAGAGCUCCAAAAAUCAGCUUCUACUCUGUUCUUGUCUAACUCUGGACACUUGAUGAUGUCACAAAGUUGCGGAAUUCUGCCUCCCUUUAUGAUGUCAUGUUGUGAUGACAACGUGUUCUCUUGAGUAGUGUUCCGGAACAAUCAGAAGAAAGUGGGCUUUAAGGGAGGGGGCGUCUUAAAGGGAUAGGCGUAAAAUUAAUUUAGGGUCAAACACACUAGAACACAAAGUUAGACCCCGCCCUCCAGAGAUGAAUGUUGUCGACCGCUUGUUUCUCUAGUUAUACCAACUUUAGUAACGACCGCAGGAUAGAAAUACAGAGAGCCACGCCCCCAACCAAAACGCCACUCUAUAGCCACAGAUAAUGCUCAGAACAGCACCUAACUUCAUCAACAGGACAUAUAGGGUCACAGACAUAGUACUAGACACCAAACAUCUUUUUAACUUUGACUCAUUUCUUUAGCAAAGAGACUAAACACAACUCACCUACUCUCUUCCAGCAGACGCUUGUUUGUAGAGAGACCUCAGUCCAGUCCAUUAGGGACUGCAGUGGGGUGACGCAGCUCAAGGAAGAACAUUUAUCCCCCAACUUUCACCCAGAAGUUGAGGGAUAAGUUGCUUCAAGAACGUCAUCAUAUCCUUACCCUCACUUUUCUCAGGAACGUGAAGAAAACGAAGGUCUAAGGAGCGGCUUCUAUUGUCACCAUCAUCAGGUUCAUCCUCAUUUGAGCCGACUCUUUGUUGGAGCUCGGACACUUGAUCACCCAGUGGGGAUGAAGAUCCUUGUAUUUUGUCCACAACACGAUGGAUUGACUCAAAAUUCAUGUCAAAGUGAGUCUUCAGAUCCACUUUGUCACGUUCAACGGCGUCCCAGAUUGUUUGUAGAGACACUUCAGUUCCAGCCGCUGCAGAGAGUAAACGUGCUGAUUUCAACACUUCUUAGUUCACUGGAUUCCCAACCGAUUUCAGAUCAAAAAUAGGAGUAAACCAGCCACUCAUAUUAGUCACAAAUGAACCAUUUAAUGAGGAAAUCUGCGUCACCCCGCUGUAGUCUGUAAUGGACUGGCCUGAGGUCUCUCUACAAACAAGCGUCUGCUGGAAGAGAGUAGGUGAGUUGUGUUUAGUCUCUUUGUUAAAGAAAUGAGUCAAAGUUAAAAAGAUGUUUGGUGUCUAGUACUAUGGCUGUGACCCUAUAUGUACUAACCUCAGUGGAUCAUGGUGUAGUUCUGUUCAGUAACAGAACCUCAUUGGAAAAUUAGCUGAUUUAACUUUACUGUGCUCUUGUUCAAAUAUAUUAACUCGACAGCACAUAAAUCCAUACCUGUUAACAAAAUCAUGAUUUUAUUGAUAAUUCGGCUCAAUAAAAACACCUUUACCUAGAGAAGCAAGCGGUCGGCAACAUUCAUCUCUGGAGGCGGGGUCUAAAGCUCCUGUUGGACCUGUAUGUUUCUGUGGAUCAGAUUGAAGUUUGUUGGGAUCUUUUGGAUCUGCAGCAGCAGAAAUUCGUCCUCAUGUCUGUAUCGGGUGUCUGCGCAGAGACACGUCCCCUCACUGAUCAGGAACUAAAAACCGGUUUGUCUCCCAAAAGUAAGGAGAUCUUCUCUGCAGCCGCUGACACAGCAGAUCCUCUCUGGGCUGAUCAUCAUAAAUCAGUCAUCAUGUCAUCAGAGAUGUCUCAUUUUUAUUCCUCAACAAUACUGCAUCAUAUGUUCAGUUAUGGUUAUCGUCACAAGACCACCACUUAUGUUUCGUCUCGUUUUCGUCAUGUGGUAAGGGUUCGUUUAUGCCGAUAUUUCGUCAUAAUUUUUGUUGACAGAAACAACACUACUCUGAACCUUUGUGUGUUUUUAGAUUAGAGCGAUAAGAUCUGAACACAUUUAUUUGACCCAUGUCCCAUCUGUCAACAUGGAGGAGGCGGGGCUUCAAACCUUUACUGCAGCUAGUCAGCAGGGGGAGCUCUGCAUGUUCUGGAUCCCCUCCAGAGAGCUGUUCUGCCCCCUGAAAACCCCUGAUGGGUGCUUUAAGAGUGUUUGGUGGUUCCGAUGAGGUGGAUCUGAGUCAGCUGGUUUUUAUACGUUAGUAUCUCUGUCCCGUUUCAGCGCCACGCUGCGUGUUUCAGAGUGUCAUCACUUUAAUGUCGCCGUCAGACGAUGUUCCUCAGCGCUGACCUUCUAAAGGAGACCUCCUGAGGAUUACACAGAACCAGACUCUGACCUUUCCCUGGUCUCACCUGUCGUGUACCGUGUUCUGACCGUAAUACUGCGGCGACACGCACAGGUGAGACUGACCCUCGGUUCCUCCUCCGUCCGUUUUGAGGACAUUUGUCAUUUUUUCCUCUUUAUUCUGAGCCGACAGUUAAAGUUUUAAAGAUCGGAAAGAGAAAAAACAGAAAAUAAAAACAGUGAAAUGUCGUCAAACAGCCUCCAUUCAACAGUUGUGGCAGCUGCAGGCUCCCGUACGUCAGUGGCGUGGGCUCAGAUUAUCUGUAAUCUGAUAUGUCACAGAUUAGGACGACAUCACACACACUGUUACUUACACUCACACCGUUUACAGAGCUGAAGACCGCCGCUCUCAUCUGUAAUUCCUCUUCCUGUGGAGGCGGGGCUUAGCCAGGCUGCGCCGGGAUCCAACGGAGAAAGGAAGGGAGGCAGGAGAGAGGAGGUUAGGAGAGAGGGAAGGAGAUAAGGUCACAGGAUCAAAGGACACUCAGUCUCACAGAUCUUCUUCUUCUCUUGUUUUAAACAUGUUGAGUACUUCCUGCUGUCUCGCUCAUGUCAGGAGUUUGUCGAGGACGUACGUCGAUGUGAUCAGAUAUGAAACAUAAACUGUUUUCAGUUCUUCAGCAGAUCAGGCUGUUAGAGUUGGUUUAACAGGAAGUCUUAUUUUGAAAGGCACAUGUAAGAGAGGACAAGUCCAGAAACUUCCAGGACCAGCAUGUCUGAAAUUUGUCCGGAAUUUUCUUCUCCUGCCAGCAAAUGGUUAAUCUGACCGCCGCUGAGCCACGCCCACUGAUGCAGGGAAUCAUGGGAAAGGAUGUUGUUGCUGUUGUUGUUGCUCCAGCUUUUGAUGUUUGUUGUUGUUGUUUUAGUUGUUAAAGUUGUUGUUUUUGUGGUUGUUGUUGUUUUAGUUGUUGUCAUUUACUGUUGUGGUUAAUUUUGUUUCUGUUGUUGAUGUUGUAGUUAUUUUUUUUUUACUGUUGUUGUUGCUCUAGUUAUUGCUGUUGUUCUUUUCUGUUGUUGUUACUGUAGUUUUUGUUGUUGUUUGAGUUGUCUUUGUUGUCGUUGUUGUUGGUGUUGUGUUGUUGACUCUUUAGUUAUUGCUGUUGCUGUUGUUGUUGUUUUAGUUGAUUUAGUUGUUGUUUACUGUUGCUGUUGUUGUUGUUGUUGUUGUUGUCGUUGGUGUUGGUCUGCCCAACAGCAUCAGCACUCACACACACCUCCACUCAUACAAACACACACUUCUCUACAUGCCACAGUAGAUACAGUCAAAAGUUGUGUGUGUCUGUGUGUGUCUGUGUGUGUGUGUGUGUGUGUGUGUGUUGAUUGACAGCUCCUUUAGCAGCUCUGACACAAAGCGGGGGGGUAACUGAAGGUGACAGGUAGCAGAUGUGAGGGCGCCGCGCACAGACACACACACACACACACACACAGACUGCAGGGGCUGAUGGGUAUUCUGGCGGCGUCUCUCUGUAUAAUGAGUUCACCAUUUUGUGUUCCUGUCUGAAGGUUGUCUCAGAUAUUAAAGUCCUCAUAAUGGACUCAAAGUCUCCCAUAAUGCAUUGUGAAGAGCGGCGUCCUCUCAGGUCGGUUGAUUGGACCAAACUGAAAUCAGGAGGAUCGUUCGGUCUCCUGGAGCUGAGUCAUGGUCCUCAGAGAGACGCAGGAGACACAGGUGGGCCGACAAAGACCCCCUAAGACCAGCGACCUGGUCCUGAAGGUCCAAUCUUCUCCAAGCUUUGGACUUUGUUCUGACCUUUGACCCGCUGUUAGGGCUGAUGUCAUAGACUGGACUUGACCAAAAGGCAUCAGAUAUAAUCUACAGGAAACUGAAGAAGAAGAAGAAGAAGAAGAAGAAGACGAAGAAGGAGGAGGAGGGGUGGAGGUGAGGAGAGCGGCGGUGAAGAUAAGGAGGAGACUGUUUGGGUCUCGAACAUCGCUCCAAGUCUGGAUCCUGAGUCUAUGUGUGUGUGUGUGUGUGUGUUGAUGUGUGUGUGUGUGUGUGUGUGUGUGUGUGUGAGUGUGUGUGUGUGUGUGUGUUGAUGUGUGUGUGUGUGUGUGUGUGUGUAGAUGUGUGUUACAAAGCCUUCACACGUCACUGUCACACACAGAAUCACACUAAAGAUCACCUACAGGCUCCUACUCCUGUGCGUGUGUGUCUGUGUGUGUGUCUGUGUGUGUGUCUGUGUGUGUGUCUGUGUGUGUGUCUGUGUGUGUGUGUGUGUGUGUGUGUGUGUGUGUGUGUGUGUGUGUGUGUGUGUGUGUGUGUGUGUGUGUGUGUGUGUGUGUGUGUGUGUCUGUGUGUGUGUGUGUGUGUGUGUGUACUUUCCUGCCUAUCCAAGAGGGGAAUUUGGCGUCCUAACACUUCCACCAACAGGGGACAUUAUUUUCGGUCCCCACUCUGAGUCAGUCUGGGCUUAAGUCCCCUGUUUGUCAGGUAGGCGUGUAUGUGUGUGUGUGUGCCUGAUCCCUCGUUUCCUUCUUUGGGUUAAUUUUUAAUAGAUUCCUGAUCUCAGGUGUUUUUUUUUUUUCUCGCUGUCAGACAGGAAGCCGCCAUCACCCCCCCCCCCCCAGUGUGUUAGCGUGUUUAUGGAGCCAUUAGCUGUUGGUUUACUGUGUUAAUAAGUGUUAAUGUUUGCUAAUGAGGACGGAGCGCUGCAGAUUACUGCGAGCGCUGUCGGCCCGCCUCCUGUUUCCUGCCGUCCAGGAGGAGGAGGAGAAGGAGAUGAGGAAAGGAAAUAAGGAGGAGGAGGAGGAGAGGACUCUGACUCCGAGUGUGCGGGGUUCAGAGACAGAUGGAGAGAGUCGGAGUCUCCUGAGUGUUGAGUCAGCCCUCAUGCUCUUCAUGCUGCAGACACACAAACAGGUCUAAUGUGGACUGAAGCUCCGGUUCUGCUGCCGUCAGCUCGUCACGCGUCACAUGAUUUAUUCAGAGCGAGCUCCUAAAAGCCGAACACCUUCCUCCCGCCGCUCCACUCUCAGCAGCUGGUGUCACUCCUCCUCCUCCUCCUCCUCCUCCUCCUCCUCCUCCUCCUCGUUUGGUUCAGCUCUCUCUGAGGCGCAGUGACAGCUCAGUCUGUGAUUGGUCCAAAAAUCUCUGCUAACAGGGACAGAAGGGGGUCCGGAUACCCCGUCAACGAAGAACUGGACCACCGUGACCCGGAUGAAGGAGAACCCACACAUGAGUCCAGGUCUUGGUGGUCCAGGAUUUCCAAAACCCUCAUCAGUGAUGACCUGCCGGUGGUUUUUGGAGUCAGUGCGGUUAUUUCCACUCUAGAGUCCUUUUUCCUUGUUUCCUUGUUUCCUUGACUCCUUCCUGUCCUCUAUCUUUGACACCCAACACUCCAGAUUCCCUACUCCUCUCCUUCCUUGUCUCCUUCCUUGUUUCCUUCUCUUGUUCCCUCCUCUUCUUCUCCUCUUCCUCGCCUCCUCCUCUCUCAGUAUUUACCCCCCCCUUCCUCAGCGGUCCGGUCUGGUCCGGUCCGGUCAGGCCUGGCGUUCUCUGAAUAAACCCAAACAGACGUUCUGAUUGGUUCUCGGGUCUUUAGUGUUUCGUUGGACAGAAUCGAGUCCGUCACUCUGACUGGUCCACAGACAGAGAUGAUCGCCGAGUCGUGAGGCGUCACUCCGCUGACUCCGCCUCCUCACGAACAAAUGCACCAACCAGAUGACAGAGGUCAAAGGUCAACCCUCACGGCUAAACGCCGGGAUGUCCCACUCUGAUCAGAAAACAAGAACCUGAUAAUUUUAACGUCUUUUUAAAGGAGCAGAUAGAGGACUGACAUGUGAGGAGACAAGGAAACAAGGAGACAAGGAGACUCGAGAAAGGAGACUCGAGAAAGGAGACAAGGAAAUAAGGAGACGGCACAGAAGACAAGGAAACAAGGAGACAGGACAGGAGACAAGGAGACAAAGAGACUUGAGAAGAGGGAAGGCAAUAAGGAAGCUAGGAAAGAGUGGAGACAAGGAAACAAGGAGACAGGACAGGAGAUAAGUAAACAAGGAGAUAAAAGAUAAAUUGAGGAAUUAAGGAGGUGAGAAAAGAGAGGAAAAAAGGAGACAGGAAAGCAGAUAAGGAAACAAGGAGACAAGUGAUUACUAGAGGAAAUAAGGAGGUGGAAAAAGAGAGGAGACAAAGAAACAAGGAGAAAGGAAACAAGGAGCCCCGAGAAGAGGGAAGGCAAGUAGGAGGCUAGGAAAUAGAGGAGAAGAGCAUAAAAGGAGACAGUGAGUUAGGAAAGGAGGAAACAAGUAAGGAGAGGAGGACACAAGUUAGGAAAAGAGGAAACACACCAUGAGGGGAGGACAUAAGGAGACGAGAUACAUGAUGGACAUUAGGAGAGAAGGAAUCAAGGACCCAGGGGGCGGUUGAGAGAAGCUUUAAUGAUUGUUAGGGAACAAGGAGACAAGAGAGGAAAUAGGAUAGGAAAGAAGUAAACAAGGGAGAAACAGGAGGUGGUGAGGAGACAAGGUAAAAAGGAAGGAAGGAAACAAGUCGCAGAAGUACGACUCUUAGAGUCCUUCAGGUGUGAUCGGUUAGUGUUGCCCCAGUGCAUGCUGGGAGCUGACAGGAGACGUAAAAGGAGACGUAAAAGUGGACACUCAGUGUGAUAUAACAUCAUAAUGUGUGUGUGUGUGUGUGUGUGUGUGUCUGUGUGUGUGUGUGUAGAUGUGUGUGUGUGUAGGUGUGUGUGUGUGUGUGUGUGUGUGUGUGUGUGUGUGUGUGUGUGUGUGUGUGUGUGUGUGUGUAGAUGUGUGUGUCUGUGUGUGUGUGUAGUUCAUGGUUGUGUUUGUGUGUUUGGCUGUGAUUCAUUCAGAGGAAGUUUACAUCCUCACACAUCAACAGUGUGUGUGUAGAUGUGUGUAGUGUGUGUGUGUGUGUGUGUGUGUGUGUGUGUGUGUGUGUGUGUGUGUGUGUGUGUUUGUGUGUAGAUGUGAGGACUCAGGGACUGGAAGAUUAAAUCUGCUGUAACUGUUCUGACGUCUCUCAGAGUGACGUAGAUUUAUCCUCCGCCUGUUUCUCCACCAGAGCGCUCUCGCUCCUGUUCAGAGAGUAGAGAUCUAGCUCAGACCUGUCUAUGUUCACUCGUUCAUCUGUGAAGCAGUGAGUAGAUCUCACCAGACCGUCCUGCAGAGACAGGAUCAGUCGAUGUUUCGGAGACUCUCUCCGUCAUGUGACAUCAGACUUCAUCUCUCCACCUUUCUCCAUCUAAAGUCUUUAACCCUUUAGUUUCUGUUCAUUUCAGCUCCAUCCAGCCGACUCUGUCCCCAAAACAGACAUGCAGGUAAAUACUCAUAAAAUGAUCAUUUUUAAACAUUUUUAAAACUCAUAUCUCUUAAACAACUUCAGCUCCGAUCAUUAAAAAAGUAAUAAAUCAAAUUUUCGAUGUUACACUCUUUUUAUUCCAGAUUUUGUUCACCAUGUCACUGUUAUUUUAAUGGUAAUAAACACAAAAUCACCAUAUUUCCCGAAUAAAAUCACAAAGAUUAAACUUUUUUUAUUAAAUAGAGUCUGGUUCAUGUCAGUGAUGAGAAGUUAAACUGAUUUCGUUGCGUUUAAAUCUUUAUUGUUGUGCCGAUUUCCGUAUUUCAGCUCCAUCCAGUCGACUUUGUCACAUGUGUAAAUUUUGCUCAAAAUAAAGAUAAAAAAAUGUCCUCAAAGCGGACAGAGUAGGAAGCGAGGGUUAAAGUGAUCAGGACGUGAGCGGCGGGGCGAGCAGCAGCAGCUCGCCGUAGAGCGGCGAACAUGAGGAGAUGUUUGGGAGGAUGAGCCGGCAGGAGGAGAGCGAUCAAACGGAGGAGAUGUUAAGGUGGUGCAGCAUCAUCACAGCAGCUCAUCUUCAGCUGCAGCAGAAAUCCCACCUUGGGGAGCCUUAUCUCUCCCAGUGUGAGGAUUAAGGCCAUGUUUGGAGAAUAAUACGCCGUCUGCUUAUGUAAGCUGUCAGCCUGGGAGGAGCUCUGCAGCCUGAUUCAGCCUCCAUCCAGCAGCAGCUGCAGGACGGAGCAGCAACAACAACAAGAUGAUGGAGGAGGAGGAGGAGGAAAGGUCUGCAAGAACACCACCCCGACACACACACACACACACACACACACACACACACAAACUCCACCGUCACCGAGCGAACAGCUGAUGUAACAAACCGUCUGAUUGGACGUUAAAAAAGGAGCUGAGAGAAUCAAACCUCCGACCUGCUCUUAAAAACUCGACACCUCGCCGCUCUGAGCCGAAGAUGCAGCAGUCUGCAGCCCCGGGGUUGUUGCUAGGCAACCGGCGGAUCAGCUGUCAGUCUUCAGACAGCUGUUGUUUGUCUCCGUUAUCGCAGUAAACAUGUUUGACUUCAGUUACAAACAACGAGGAAACAAACCAAACAUGAGCAAGCCCCGCCCACUCAAGGUGACGAGCUCACCUGAUUGGACAGGAAGAAACGAACAAAACCAAACAUUAGCAAGCCCCGCCCACUCAAGGUGACGAGCUCACCUGAUUGGACGGCAAGAAACGAACAAAAUCAAACAUGAGCAAGCCCCGCCCACACGAGGUGACGAGCUC